CCAAAUCCAACCGUUCAUCAAACAUCCAAUUCAAUCAGAACCAUUGAAUACAACACCAUUGAAAAAGCAACCACUCUAUAAAUCCAGAAGAAGACGAGUUUCAUAGUAACUGGGGGAUUUUCUUCCGUGUAAUUCGCGAGUUAGGGUUCCAAAUUCGACUCACUGAGUCUCUUCUACCCAUUGUGUUCCCGGUUUAUUUAUUAUCGCCGGAGAAAUACUCUUAAUUUUGUUUCCAGUAGCGUAAAUGAUCGGAUUUUCCGGCGAGAAAUUUGGGAUUUUUUCCGAUGAUUCUUUGAGUGUGUGGGGAAAUUUCCAAUUUUGACCCUAAAGCUAAGGUCUUUACUCAAAAGUGUUACUGGGUUUCUUUGACUGUUCCAUUUUGAAUCAGAAUAUGAGAUAUUGGGUUUCCAUUUUUGAGAUAUAAAAUUUAAAAAAAAAAAAAUCAUUUUUUUUAGGGAUCGGAUAAUUUUUAUUUAUUUUGGGGGUUAAUUUAUUGGAGUGUUGUGUUUGAGAAUUUUUGGUGACAUUCAAUUUUGGGGAAUGGGUCAGUAAAAUCCAGUCAAAUUAAUUUCUUCAAUUUGCUUAAUUGGGUUUGAUAUUUAAGGAAACCUUGUCCUUUGAUCAAUUUAUUGCAUCAGUUUCAUAAUUGCUUUUGUUUUUUAAUUUAUGAUUAUAAUAGAAACAAUUACAUUUUUGGCUUUUAUGAAUUGGUAUUGAUACCAUUUUUUGGGUUCAUGAAUGGAUCAUAAUUUUUUCUAAUAUAUUGCCCAUUCCAUGUCUCAAAUUUGCUUUGGCUUUCGAUUCUUUAACAAAUUCCUUGGUUUCGGUCCGAGGGAUUAGUCUCUGGAGAUUAUGCCCGGUUCACACCAAAAAAAUCCUUGGCUUCACCUAGUUGUGUAACCCUUUAGCUUUGCAAGUUUGCUAUUAGAAGAAAAAAAUUGUAACUAUGGAUGUGUCUUUGACACGUUUGUCUUGUUGGUUAUGGGGAGGUAGUAAGGAGAAAGAGCCUAUUGUUAAUGGAAAUCCAUCUUCUGAAUGGAGUUUUUCAUUGAAAGAAAGAGAGUCUUUGAAGUUUCCUUUGAUAAAGGGAACAAAUAAUCAAAGGAAGGUUAGGAAGAAGUGGCAGAGUAGGGAAGAGAGGAGAGUUGAUAGAGAGUAUGAUGUUGUUUUAGUAUCAUCUGAUGGUGGUGGUGGUUGUUUAUCAGGCUCUGAAUCUGAUGACUCAGAUUGGUCUAUUGGGUGGUUAGAGCCUCAUGGUUCUGAUUUUCAGAGUGAUGAUGAUGAGUCUGAAUCUGAUAGUAGUUUUGCUGUUUUGGUUCCUUGUUAUAGACCAGGUUGCAAGGAAGUUGAAGGCUCAAAUAAUCAUCUUUUGAGUGCUAUCAAGAAGAAUCUACCAAAUCAAUUUUCUUCUGCUGGCAACAAUUACAUGGAACAAUGGUUAGCUUCACUUCAGAAUUUUGAAGCUUAGAAAACUACUUCCAGUGUGUUUGUAAACUUUGAUCUCCACUGCGCCUCGAUCGAUGGCCAUGCGCGGUGGAAGGAUUUCUAACACGUUUCCAAGCACAUACAGCUUCAUCUUUUAUGAUUAAGGACCUUUCUGACUACCUUUUAUAAGUAGAGGAAGCAAAAACAAUCCAUUAUGUAUCUAAUGUAAUCUAAUGUAAUUUUUUGUACAUAGAAUCCAUUUCUCUUCUUAUUGUAAAAGCUCAAUUUGCAAUGCAAAAUUUGUAGCUAGAACAUACUAUAUGGCCAGUCACUACUACAAUAAAAAAGCAAUACUAUAUGGAUAUUAAGUUGAGAUUAUUAUUUGUUACUCAACUUCAA